AUGGGUUUCGGAAGAUUCAUCCACUAUAUUGGCGCCUUCUUUCUUUUGGCAGCAACAGUGAUGCUCGUCGUCGUGAGCAUCACAGCUCCUGUGGUUGACCACAUUGCUCUUCUCAAGGUCCGAUAUGGAGGAGAUGGCGUCAAUUAUGGUACAUUUGGUUAUUGUCAAAUGCGAAGCGCCGGCAGUAAUAGUUGCUCAAAGGCUCGCAUCGGCUAUGACCCUACCGACGCUUUCAACGGCCUCGAUCUGUCCGAGAUUGGCUCUGGCACUGCAAAGGCCUUGACUUAUGUCAUGGUUCUGCACCCCAUCGGUGCUGGACUUUGCUUCAUUUCUUUCCUUUUGGCUAUUGGCGCUGGCAUCUUUGGCUCGCUCAUGUCGACUCUUAUUUCCAUCGCUGCCUUCCUUGUCACCAUCAUCGCUUUGGCUUGUGACUUUGCUGGCCUCUCCAUCAUCCGACGACGAAUCAACCGCGACACCUCUGCCACUGCUAGCUGGUCUGUCGGUAUCUGGCUUGUCCUUGCCGCCGCUAUUCUCUGCCUCAUUGGCACAAUUGCCGUCUUCAUCACCUGCUGCUCUGGCCGUCGCCGCAAGAGCCGUGAGCAGAAGAAGAUGGCCGCUUACAGCACUUCUCCCACUCGUUACUAA